GCUGGUGGACCAGGCCGUCGCGAUGGCGGCGAAGAUCGGCUCCAUGUCUCUCCCGGUGGCCCUCAUGGCCAAGGAGGCGACGAACGCAGCUUUCGAGGGAUCCCUCGCUGAGGGGUGCCGCCUUGAGCGCAGGAUGUUUCACUCUUGCUUCGCCCUGGAUGACCAGAAAGAAGGCAUGGCAGCGUUUGCCGAGAAGCGGGCGCCAAAAUGGACCCAUAAAUGAGCUAGCUGUAGGCAGCUCGGCAAAAAGGGCCAGUGGAGACCGCAUCGCCACCGCCACAUUGUUCGUGGGUGUGUACGAGCACCUCGCUGCUUUGUUGGGAGAAGAUAUAGGGUGGAUGGUUGUAGCAUAGCCACCCCGAUGCGAAGAUCCCGGGGGGGGGGGGUUGAGCAGGGGGGGCGUCGUCACAUGAAGCUGAGGGCUGCGUUUGUAGGUGUGUAUCCCCUCGAGCACACGGAAUAUGUGCGAGACCAGCGCCUGCCGUGGGGUGUGCCUGUUGUUGUUGUUGUUGUUGUGUUUCGGCAGGAUGUAGAAUAUGUAUAUAUGCACUGCUCGACAGCGGGCAAGAUGGGGGUGGGUGUGACCGAAUGAUCCGUCUAGGAACGUUGGAGACGGGUGCUCGACAGCACCACCGGGAGAUGCGGCAG